UGUUUCGCUCCAUUGAAUACCAUGAAAAAUCGGGUGAGGAUAAAUGAAGAAGAAUGAGGAACUCAGCAACCGAUUCGACAAGGCAAAGGAAAAGACGAUGAUGAUGAUGAAGAAGAAGAAGAUGAAGAACAUGUCAAGGUUAGGCGGGAAUGGGCUUUCGCUCAACGCUUUUGCUAAUGCGAAAUCUAAGAACAAUCCUUAUAACCCAUCUCUCAUAAAGAAGCAAAGGGAGUUCUAUAAGAAUGCUAAGAAUGUGAACAAGUUUAAGAAAUUGUUAAAGCAGCAACACCUGCAGAGUGAUCACUGCUCAACCCAGAGUCUUAUUGAGAAUGAGAACGAACCUAAAGAGGAUAAGGAUAUGAGUGAGGGGAGAAGGAAGAAGAAAAUUAGUGCCUUCAGUUUGGAAGAGUUGUACAAGAAGCAGCAUGUGGAGAAAGAGAAAGAAAGGAUGGAGAGAGAGGCAUUUGUUAGGGCAAAGAAAGAAGAGAGAGAAAAGGCUGAAGCUCGGAGAAAGGCCAUGCGAGAGAAAAUGCUUAAGAAGACACGAACUGGGCAGCCUGUUAUGAAAUACAGAAUAGAGCAUCUUUUGGAGUCCAUUCAAGGUUCAAAUAAAAUCUCAGCUGACAAGAAAUCUUGAUUUUUGUUGGGGAAAAAAAGGUAGUUGUAGAGAAUAUCACUUUUAUUGAAUUUCAUCAGCGUAAUCACUUUUAUACUUGAUAAAUUUAGUGCUAUAUUAUUGGUAGAACAGUUACUGAGGAACCAUGUGCUGCAUAAGUGGGAAAAUCUGGAUUAUUGUAAACAGUUGUGCAGUCUUCUGUGCUGUUCAUCAAUAUUUCUAUAUUCUGUACAAGUAUUAGUCGGCAUUUUUAUGGUCAAUAGAUGAAAU